AUGGCAUCGAUUGCUGCGUCGCUGGCCCAGGCCCUCCCGAAACCGAGAUACACGGGCGACGAGGAGGAGAUACCCGCCCACGCCCAGCAGCGCGGGCCCCGAAUCGUCGGCGCUGGCCAGAUAGACGAGUCGCAGAUCGUCCUGCGCAGGACCGGGCCACCCGCUUACGGACAGCGAUCCGGAUGGCGCCCCAGGGGGCCCGAGGACUUUGGCGAUGGCGGUGCCUUUCCAGAGAUCCCCGUGGCUCAGUAUCCCCUCGACAUGGGAAAGAAGGGCUCUUCUACAAGCAACGCCCUCGCAAUCCAGGUCACAUCUGACGGCAAAGUCAAGUACGACGCCAUCGCGAAACAGGUCAGCACUCUCACUCACCACCGUGAUCACUCCCUCCUAUCUCCGCCGUUACUAACGUUGCCGACCUUCCAGGGCCACCGUGAAAACAGGAUCGUACACGCCUCGUUCAAAGAUCUGAUCCCCCUCCGCCAACGCGCCGAUGCGGGCGAGAUCGAUCUGGCCAAGCCGAGCGAAGAUGUCGUCGCCGAAACGACCGAGCGAACCAAGAAUGCGUUGGCUGCUUUGGUCAGCGGCGCCGUGGCGGCCCAGAAGCCCAAAAACGUCAAUAUUGGUCAGAGGAACGACCCUACCUUUGUUCGGUAUACGCCCGCGAAUCAGAUGGGAGACAACUCCAAAAAGCAGGACCGCAUCAUGAAGAUCGUCGAGAGGCAACGUGACCCCAUGGAGCCUCCCAAGUUCAAGCACAAGAAGAUCCCUCGCGGACCCCCCAGUCCGCCCCCACCGGUCAUGAGAUCGCCUCCAAGGAAGUUGACGGCCCAGGAUCAAGAGGAUUGGAAGAUACCCCCGCCUAUCAGCAACUGGAAGAACCCCAAGGGUUUCACCGUUCCGCUGGACAAGAGAUUGGCCGCAGAUGGCCGUGGUCUACAGGAUGUCACUAUCAAUGAUAAAUUUGCCCAGUUUUCCGAGGCCCUGUUCAUGGCGGAUCGACAUGCACGCGAGGAAGUCAGGCAGCGAGCAACAAUGCAACAACGGCUUGCAGAAAAGGAGAAGGCGCAAAAAGAAGACAAUCUACGCAUGCUCGCACAGAAGGCUCGGGAAGAGCGGGCGGCUGCUGGCAGGCGGCGGUCCCCAAGCGGUUCGCGCGACUCGCGGUCACGAUCUCGCAGUUAUAGCUACUCGGACUCAGGUUCCGAUAGCGAGGACUCCGAGGUCCGGGCACGAGAGCAGGCGAGAAAGGAGAAACACAAGGAGGAGGAACGGAAACUGCGCCAGUCCCGCAUGGGAGCAGAAAGGAGGAUGCAGGUCAUGGCUCGCGAGCAGAACCGCGAUAUCUCUGAGAAGAUUGCCUUGGGCCUGGCAAAGCCGACACAGCAGGCCGAAACCAUGUAUGAUUCUCGUCUGUUCAACCAGUCAAGUGGGUUUGACAGCGGUAUCAACGAGGAUAACCCCUACGACAAGCCCCUUUUUGCAGCACAGGAUGCUAUCAGCAGCAUCUAUCGACCUCGCCAGAAUGCGGAAGACUACGAAGACGAAGGAGCAGGAGACGCCGAGAUGGCCAAAAUCCAGAAGUCUAGUCGUUUCGGUGAGGUGUUGGGUAAGGGCACGUUCAAGGGAUCUGCUGAUGCGGAGGCUCGGGAAGGCCCGGUCCAGUUCGAGAAGGACGCCGGCGAUCCAUUCAAUGUGGACAAAUUUCUGGAGCAGGUGGACCAGAGCUCCUCGUCCAAGAGAGGCUACGGACUUCAAGACGAAGACUCCAGGCAGCCGAAGCGUGCUAGGGUCGAUGAGGAUGACGAUUAA